GUCACUUGUCCCAUGGAGCGGUGAGUGAGGGGGAGCACGGUAACCAUGACAACAGCUCAACAGGGCCCACACCUGACUGCUCGCCCCCUUCCCCAGACACAGCACUGAAGAACAUUGAGAGAGUCAUCCGCCCACAGCCGAAGCAGCGCACGUCUUUGUCGUCUUCUCUGGAUGUCCAGAGGCCGGUCAAUCACAGCUGUGAGCCCAGUGAGGUGAGCUCUUCCCUGGGCUACGCCAGCUUCAGCACCAGCCCCCCCGCCAGCCCUCCACUAAGCCCCAAUCAGGAGGACUCUGCAGGGUCCAACGACGACUGUCAUCUCACGGACGAAGGCUCGUACCAACGGGAUCCUCCUCCGUAUUCAUCCUCCAAACCUAACUCGCUGUUGGAGGAGCACAGGAAGAGCCACAUUCCCGAAGAGUUUGCCGGACUUCUUCAUGGAUCUUCCCCAGCUUGUGAACCCCCUGACACACUUUAUCACCUGUACAGUCCCAAGCAUUUUAAAUACACGCCAGCAGACGACCAGAAGAGUCUGCUGCAGGCUCCAGAACUCAGCCUUGUGAUUGGAGCAGGAGUCUCUCAGGUCUUCUCCAGGACAGAAACUCACUCGUCUCCUCAGAAGUCGGCCAGUGACUCCCAGAAGCCACAGGUGGUUUAUCGGACAGUCUUCCACACCAAAGUCAACCAGGAUCAGGCCAAACCCCCAAACUGUGAGGACCCACCCGGUGGAUGGUCGACACAAAGCCACCCUCGCUCUUGGCGGUUGGAGAACAACGGAGAAGUUCCAGAGUUACAAGGGAUCCAGACGGGAGGUUUGCCCAAAGACGGUUCAUCUGGGGCAAACUACGAGGAAAGGGCCUGCACUCUGGGGAGGAUGAGAUCCGUGCCUCGUAGUGUUCUGGACCUGCAACUGUCAAAGUCUUUGUCCAAGUCCGACUCCAACCUCGUGGCCGUCUCUCCCAUACAGGAGGAGCACAGCUGGGGCCCGGGAUCACGGGGGCAGGGCCCUGGAAGUCCCAGAGAAGGACGACUGGAGCGGACGCCCUCCUUCACCGCUGAGUGGGAAGAGAUCGACAAGAUAAUGAGCUCUAUUGGGGCCGGGAUAGGCAGUGGAUUGGACAUAAAGGAGGACGCUUCAGGUCCCCGCUGCCCGCUGCAGUCCGUGGGUCAGUGGCUGGACUCCAUCGGCCUCGUCCAGUACGAGAACCACCUGCUGGCCAACGGCUUUGACAAUGUCCAGUUCAUGGGCAGUAAUGUUGUGGAGGACCAGGAUCUGCUGGAAAUUGGGAUUCUCAACUCGGCUCACAGACAACGCCUGCUGCAGGCCAUUCGGCUGCUGCCCAGGGUUCGACCCAUCGGUUAUGAUGGCAACAACCCCACCUCAGUAGCAGAGUGGCUGGAGUCACUGGAGCUCGGCGACUACACCAAGUCUUUCCUCAUCAAUGGUUACACCUCCAUGGAGCUGGUCAAAAAGAUCUGGGAGAUCGAGCUCAUCAACGUAUUGAAGAUCAAUCUUAUCGGACACAGAAAACGGAUCUUGGCCUCAUUGGGUGACCGAUUACACGAAGACACCCCGCACAAACCUCCACGCGCCAUCUCGCUGAGGGAGCCCGGGGGAAACCACACGCCUCCCCAGCUCAGCCCUUCUGUAGGCCAAGCGGCGUACACGGCGGGGGUCGCCGGUGGGUCUCUGGACGUGCAGCACCUCAUCAUGCAGGCUGACGCCCGGCGCAGGCAGCGCAGCAAUGACAACUACUUUGAAGACGUGCCGCGAUCCAAGCUGGAGCGACAGAUGGCUCAAGUCAGCAUGGCUGGCGAAUGGUGUGAACCGAUAACUCUGCGUCCGCCCAACGAGGCCACCUCCUCCACUCCUGUGCAGUACUGGCAACAUCAUCCGGAGAAACUCAUCUUUCAGUCCUGUGACUAUGAAGCCUAUUACCUGGGCUCCAUGCUGGUUAAAGAGCUGAGAGGAACAGAGUCAACACAAGAUGCCUGCGCAAAAAUGAGGAAGUCGACAGAACAGAUGAAGAAAGUCCCAACCAUCGUGCUCUCCGUGUCCUACAAGGGAGUGAAGUUCAUUGACGCCACGAAUAAGAACAUAAUUGCGGAGCAUGAGAUUCGUAACAUUUCGUGUGCGGCUCAGGACCCAGAAGAUCUAUCUACGUUUGCUUACAUCACCAAAGACCUCAAAUCCAGUCACCACUACUGCCAUGUCUUCACUGCGUUUGAUGUGAACUUGGCCUAUGAGAUCAUCCUGACGCUCGGUCAAGCCUUCGAAGUGGCCUACCAGUUGGCCUUGCAGGCCAGGAAGAGUGGUCACGGAUCGUCCACACUCCCAGAAAGCUUUGACAGCAAACCCAACAAACCCGUCCCCAAGCCCAGAGUAAACAUCCGCAAAUCAAUGGAGCAGCCAUCAAUGGACCAAAAGGGACACGCCAAUGUGCCGUGGAUUGUGGAGCCGGGUCAGGAGGCAAAAAGAGGAGUCAACACCAAGUACGAGACCACUAUUUUCUAACAUACACCCGCCUUGUCCACUCCUGUGUGUGUGUGCCUUUCAGAGGUUGCCCUGUAUUGGGGCUCUGCCCCGGAGUCGGGCACAAGCGGCGCACGCCGCCGCGUCACUUCACCGGCGAAAAAAAAACAAAAAACACACCCCGCCCCGCCCCUGUUAGCUGAGACUGUCCGCUGCAUGAUGACGGUUGGCGCUGUGUUUUAACUCCUUUUCUUUCUGCACCUCUCCCCGCCCCUCUCUGGCCGCAUCCUUCCGGGCUGACGCAUGACCUCUGAACCCAGAGCUGUAGUGCGCUUCACUGUAGGGAGAACGGUCCACUCAGAUUGUCAGCAAACAAUCUCAACUUUUCGCUUCUUGGCUGCGUCUCUCCUUUUAUUUUUUCCUUUAUUGGCCUCAGUCCUUUUUUUAUUUAUUUUUUUCGACCUUUUGUCUGACUCCCUUUGACAACUUGAAUGACAUGUGCUGCUGUAUGAGCCAUAAGAGCGCUUUAGCUAUCUGUUCGGCGCAGUGGGAGCUGGCACUGAAGACGGGAGUUGUCUGAACAUGACAACUCCAACUAGAGGGAAGAUCCUUUUAAAAAAACGAAAUACCGCAGGGUAUCUUUGAGUCACACUGGUUCAGCCAGCAGGCUACUCGAAUGUACUUCAUGUUCUUUAUGAUAGUUUUUUAAAUGCUAAAAGGCUUGUGACUUUCUUUUAAAGGUAAGACUUUAAUAGGCCUGUGACACAGGAGUUCUGACUUUUUUUGUUUAUUUUCUUUGAUACUUUUCAACAUGUCUGUAUGUUUGGAAUUAAUCAAACCUGCCCUUUUUAAAAAAUAAAAAAGCUUGUUUGGUAAAGGUUUUAGCAUGUGGCUUGUGAGACGCAUGUUGGCUAUUUUGGAUUGAGCGGGGGCGCCGUGGAGAAGGCGGCGUGUGGGGGCUUUCUCGAUAAGUGAUGUCAUCUCAUUUGCAGGGCAAUGCCGGACGCUCAUGUCUAUUACUGUGGAAUGCAAAGAAUGUAGCCUGCCCUAAACAUGGAAGUUGUCACACAUACAAUGCAAAAAGGACUACAAACAUGGAUGCUACUCCAUCGUUUAAGGUUGACUACAAAAAAAAAAAAAAAAACACAAAAACGUUUUUUUUUUAAGCUCGACACAGUAAACAGUGGACUGGUAGAUGCGCAGUAACAGGACUGCAUCCUAACAGACGACCGUCUGCUCUGAAUGUACACUUAUCUGAAAGCAGCCUCAACUUUCUGCAGCUGGAUCUGUUUUAUGCACAUAACCUUUGAACUUUUGUGGGGUCGGCAUUUCCAGAGACGAGCCAGGGUGGGCAUGGGUGCCAGGAUGGCGGUUUUUUUUCUUUUUCUUUUCUUUUAAGUCAGAAAAUACAUAUGCACAAGCGUGUCUAUACGAUUGGACCAGCUGCAACUACACGCUCAAGAUGCAAAAGAUGAAUAAAACUGCAUCUAAUGUUCAAAAAAAAGUAUUCAUAUUGCCCGACAUUUUAAUGUUUAAUAUGAGAGUAUUAUAUUACCAUGAUGAUUAUUCUUGUGCAAUUCUUGUCAACUGUUGUCUUAAUGUUACAAUAUUUUUCUAUAAUAUGCUGAGAUAAAAACCUUGAGUCGGAUAAUAAUGAAAAAUCCUUUAAAAAAAAAGUCUAGAUGUUCAUAUAUGUACAGAGAGUGAAUGUUAGAGGUUGCUUGCUAACACUUAGAUCAGGUCAACCUUCAUUUCUCAUGGGGCUCUUAUCUUGCAGAUGGACUAUUUUAAAAGCAGUAUUAUUGUAUUAUUUGGAUGAGACGUCAUCCGGUUACAAAAAUGUACAUAGAUAUUUUGCCAACUCAUUGUUCAUACAUGUAAAGAAAAUAAGGAUUUGCAGAACAUGGCACUGGAAAAAAAUAAAAUAAAGGUACAAAAUAAAAGUUGGACAAUUCAAAGAGUGAUUAUUGAGCUUGUAUUUUGAGUGGGAACAUGAUUUGGUGACAUCACUGUUGAUCUACUAAUGUAUAUAGGCUUGGGCUUCCAGCACACUGAUUUUUGUAAUUUUUGCCAUUAUUUAUAUCCCUGUAAAGCACAAUAAAUAAAAUCUGACUUGUGCAACUA